AUGUCAUCCAGGGCAAAUUCUUCAUCUCCUCUUGUCUCGAGAGCCCAGAUCUUGCACCAGCCUGACCUUAGAAGAUCUAAUUCGAAAAAUCAGAGUUAUCACGCCCAAGGAGAUCAACAUGUCCAAUCGAGCGUGAAUAACAAUAACAAGAGGAACAGCAAUCCUCAUCGUAGACAAAAACGUCAAACGAAUCACCAUCAACGCAAUCAAUCCAAUGCCGAUUCGAGAAAUUGGGAUAGAACCGCAACCCAUAUUUCGGGUGAUGAUAACGAAGCAAAUAAAACAGAAAAUUUGCAGGAUUCUAUUGCAACUACCGUGUCAGCAUUUGAUGAUAUGUCAUUAAAUGAUACGAAUACUGUAAUCAUCACAACUCCUACUACUCCAAGUUGUCCAAUUUGUUUACAAAAACCAACCGCUGCUCGUGUGACCAAAUGCGGACAUUCUUAUUGCCUUCCAUGUAUUCUUCAUUAUUUGAUGUUGAUUGAUGAGAAGGAUAAACCUAACAAGAAAUGGCGCAAGUGUCCCAUCUGUUGGGAUGCUGUUUAUGCCAAAGAUCUCAAGAGUGUACGAUUUUGGUCCGUAAGAAAUAUUGGAAAAAUCGGGGAUGGAGAAACGGUUAAGGGAGAUGAAAUGAUCACAAUGCGUCUCAUUCAACGAAAUGCUAAUUCGACGAUUGCACUUCCUCGUUCGUCAACUUGGAUACUUAACAAUGACAUACUUUCGAAUUCUUCUGCACCAUGGCACUUUAUUCCUGAUGUCCUUAUUUUCUCAAAAUUGAUGCUCGCAUCAUUCGAUUAUAUGCAAAAAGAAUAUAAUCGAGAUUUAGAAGAUCUUCAAAAUGCACUACAGGACGUUAAAAACUGGAAUUCUGACGAUGAAAUUCCGUUUAUUGAAAUGGCCAUUGUCAAUGUUAAGGAACAUUUAGAAAAAUUUCAAAUGUUGUCUAGUGACGAUGUUAUUCAGGCUGAAUGGCGUGCUCGUGAAUUAAUUAAUCAAGCUGAAUUUAAUCGUUCAUUUACCGAUCAAACAGGCGAAAAUUUUUCAAAUUCAAAGCAUAAGAAAUUAGACGUACAAGUACUACAUGACACUACUACAUCCAUACAAACUGAUUCCACAACCAACAUUUCAUCAGAUAAAAGUAAUAGUUCUGAAUCAUCAUCUGAUUCAGGAAAUAGCCCACCGGCUUUUUUGCCUGAUGAAUUCAGAGUACAAUCUCAUAUUGCCAAUAUCCCUCAAUUGACCCCAGAGUCAAAACAGGAAUCAAAACAGAAAGCAAAAGUUUUACAACCUGUUGCUUACAAGGUAGACUUAAAAGGAAUUGUUUCUGAUUCCACGUUAGAAAUAUUUGCAAAUGAGCUUCGACAACGUCAAAAUCGUCGUAAAGAAAAGGCCCGAAAGGAAGAAAAAGCUGCACAUAAAGAAAGACGUCGUAGAAACACUCAAGAAUCUCUUAAUACUGAUUCCUUCUUCCAACCGAAUUUAUCAGGUGAAACUAGCAACAAUAACAGCACACUAUCACAACUUUCUAUUGAAAUGGAGUUCAGUAAUAAUCAUGUAAACAAUAAUCCAAACACUUCGUUCAAUGGACAAAAAACCGUUUGGGGAACCCCCGUUGCAUCUUUUGCUAAUGUUGCCAGCGGAAAAAACUUGGUUAAGCAUGAAGAUGUCUUUGUUGACGGUGGAUGGGAAUUUAAAGAAGAGGAAGUAUAUGUUG